AUGCCGUACUUGGAUAGAACCAACGAAAUCUUGUCUAUCAUACAGAAUCAACAACAGAAGAAGCAAUAUGAAGCGUCACAUGCGGAACAAAAAAAGAAGGACAUUAAAAAGAAGCAAACACCUAAUGCAAUUUUGGAGUUCAAUGAAAAGGCCAAACAAAUCUCGAAAGAAUUACAGGAUACUGCAGAUUUACUUCAAAAGCUUACAAAACUGGUUCGACAAAAAACACCAUUUGAUGACAAUUCAGAAACAAUUAAAAUACUUACAAUGAAAGUGAAAGAUCAAUUAUCAAAUCAAGAUUUUGCUCUGCGAUCACUUCAAGAAAUGAUUGACAAGCAACAGGAAAAGAAAAAUCAACAAAUGCAACACUCAAGUCACAUCGUCACAGGAUUAAAUUCAAAGCUCAUGUAUGCUACUGAGCAAUUCCAAAAUGUCCUUAAAACACGGACGACACAAAUGAAAUCUGACAAGAAGAGACGAAAUAUGUAUACAUUUGAGGCCAAUGUAAAAUCACUUUCAUCGCUGUCGGCAAAUGUCGACAGACAAGCAGCCUCUCCCAACUCUAGAAGCCAAGUAGAAGCCUCUGGAGGAGCUGCUGGAGCCCAAGACGAUGCCUCCCUCUCUACAGGACUCAUAGAGGACUUGAUGACUGAAGGAAGUCAAUUACAACAAUUGAAUCACCCCUCAAUUAACAGGAAUGCAUUAAGGAGCAGGACAGACGACAUUUUAGCCAUCGAAUCAGAAAUUUCAAAGCUUGGUGAAAUGUUCAAUCAUUUGGCUGUGAUGAUCAAACAUCAUGGUGAACUGACACAAAGAAUCGACCAAAAUAUUAAUUUGGCUGCAGACAAUCUCGAAAAAGGAAAUGAAGAAUUAUGGAAAGUUUGGGAAAAUACUCGAGGAAAUACUGGCCUCAUUCUCAAAAUAUUUGCAGUCCUCGUGCCAUCCAAAACAGUACUCGAUUCCAGUGACGAAGAGGAAAAAGGAGACAACACAGAUGAGGAAGAAGAUGAAGAUGCUUUAGACGAUGACAUUUUAUCAGACACAAUACCUGUAUCUAAAGAUUAUCAAUUAGAACUUAUCGGUGAAUACGAGAAACAAAAGGAAGUAUUGAAGAAGAAAAAUCCAAGAAAAAGAAAAGGAGAAGGUGUCGUAUCUCCAAUCUUGGACUUGAAAUUCAAGAAAAUUGAAGAAAAAGCAAAAGAGUUACUGACAGCUGAUACGUGUUUAGACCCUCCUGAGUUCAUGAUUACUCCGAAACAAUCUAGCUUUUUGACUCCAAUUGUCACUCCUUCACAAAAAUUUCCACAUACCGACAUGUCAUCAAAGAGUGACAAAAUUGAACCAAUAAUGCCUCCACCGUUCGUGCAACCAACAACCAACAAUUCAUUGAAGAUUUAUGAAAUACCUGUAGGUCAACUUAAACGAGUCGCACAAGUUCCAGCGAAAACGUGA